UUUUGUAGUGUUAUCAUGGGACGCUCGGCUCAGCCAUGACUGACUGUGUGGUAUCUGCUGGAGGUGACUCAGCUCUGAAACUCACGCAGGUGUGUGUAUUUCGGGUUUUCCUCAAAAACGAAACUUGAAGAGCUGCGCAGGCGCAGUGGGUGCUGCCCAUCAGAAAGCACCAGACGAUAUUAUACGGAGGUCGAGUCAGGUUCCAGCAGUCCUGUGUUUAACAUCACUCUGUGACUGCAGUUUUAAAAACAAAACAAAUCCAGACCAGAUAAGGGACAUGGGCUGAUUUCUCUCCGUAUUUAUCCAAGGAGGUUGGUGUAAUGGAUGUUCCAGGUCAGUGUAGAUGUGUCCUGGGAGGAGCCCUGCUCAUAAAACAAAAUCAGGACCAAACAAAAGGUGGAAUUUGGUCUGAUCUGAUAAAACAGUGAUGCCAAUUUGAACACAUCAAAACAAAUGGAAGGUGAUAGGUAAACACCAAAGUUGAUAAUGUGACGAAAGGAGAAAGGAAAAUCAUGGCUGACGAACUUCAGCAGUCACCCAAGAAUUGGACUGAAUCUCAAGUAAGCACCUGGCUAAGAUCUAUUGGAGUGAAGGAACUGUACAUAGAAAAACUCUAUGAAGAAGAAGUAGAUGGACAAAUACUUCUUACUCUGAAUGAGGACUUUUUGAAAACAAAGAUUUACAUGAAAUCAGGGCCUGCUCAUUUGAUUAUUCAAAAGAGAGAUGAUCUCAUCAACCCCAAGCAAAAGUCACAGGAGAAGAAAAAGCUCACCAGUGGAAAAAAAACUGAGUUGGAAGAGAAAAACAAUCAGAAAUCAGUUCAAUGUCUUCCUACAACAAGUGAAGCUCUUCUGGCACAGACUACUGAGAGAGAUCAAGGUGUCUCGAAGGAGAGACAAACUGCUCAGAAACAAUGUGUGUUGACUUCAAAGGAAGACUGCAGACCACGGCCAUUUGAUAAAGAAGGGAUUGAUUUCAUAUAUGUAAAGCACAGAGUCCUGCAACCUGAAUCGGGUGCUUUUAAUCUGACAUCUCCAUGCCAUGAAUUUAAGUCUCUUUCUACAGCUGCUGCAUUGGAUCGCACAAGACUUCAAGCUAAGUUUGCCAAAGAGGUCCUUAAAUUUGCAACUGGCUGUAUGAAUAUCAGGUCAAAUGGCACAAUACACUUUGGUGUGAUGGACAGCAAGGAGGAUGCAGGAUACGUGCAUGGUGAGAUAAUUGGUAUCCCUGUACAAGAGAAAGACAUUUAUGUAGAUGCUUUGGACUACAUUGAAAGGAGUUUUUCCUCUGACAAGGAGCAUGUACGUCAGUGUGUGCGGCCACCAAGGUUCAUUGAGGUUAUGGAUCGAGAAAGUACAGAAAAGAGUUAUGUGAUAGAGGUUGACAUUGUGCCUUCAAUAAGUAUUGUUAAGAACAAGGUGUAUGCAGUUCGUCUUCCAAACUUCAAAGAGUCAACUAACAAAGUAGAAUUUGAGAAAGAAACGAUUCUGCUGAGGGUGGGUUCAAAAACGGAGCCAGUGAGCGAUAAAGACCUAAGUAACUUUUACCAGCGAGUCAAAGAUCGGGAUGCUCACAGAGAAGAAGCUGAGAAAAAUCAGUUCCUCAGUGCUCCAGACUUCUGCCAAGAUCUUGGAAGGAAACUCACAAUGCUAAUGACCAGUGGGAAGAAAUUCAUUGAAAAGGAGAAAUGGUUCAUACUCGUCACAAACAAAUUCACACCUGAUGACCUUUGCAACAUUGACUGGCUACUUAACAUGAACAUAUUCUGUGUGUUUGACUUUGACCCAGACACAAAGAUAUCGGGUCUUUGCAGUAGAUACCUCCAGCAUCACGCUGCAAACAUGCAUUCUUUGCAGAGCUAUAGGAUAUCUGGUGACACGAGCAUCAAAGAAUUCACAAGCCAAUUGCAUCUGUUUGAACAAACUAGCUGGAUCUUUUGUAAUGGGCGUACUGACUUCAAAGGAAAUGAAACUCCAUGUGAUGAAAUGACUUGGAUCAAGACAAAAAUGACUUUCUUGAGGGAAUCUGUGUCUUUGAUCUGUAAACAAAUCUUGCCAAAAGGGACUUUCCAGGUCAUUUUUCUUCUCACAUCACCUGUUGAGAAACCACUCUUGCACACCUUUUAUGAGUUUUUCACAGACAUGGAAGGCCAUGAAGACAUCAUCUGCAUCUGUGAAUCACAGGAAAACUUCAAGAGGUGGCAAAGCUUUGCAGAGGGUUCAUGUGGAACAGAAACAGUGAACAAUUCCAGUGUUGUUGGGAUGAAAAUGAGUCACAUUAAUGCAACUCUGCAGCAGAUACAACCCACUGAAGCAUGUGCCAGCAAACACUUGCCAGUCUUUGUGAAAGGGACAUGUCUUCUUGAAACACACCUAGAGGAACAUAUGUAUUCUCUGGAAAUUCUGACCGUCGAUCAUUGUGAUGAAACAAGCAAAGACUUCAUCGAUGAGGAGAAAGCAAACAUUGAACACCAAUUCUACCGUGGUGGGAGAGUGAGCUGGUUGAAUUUCUGGCUUGCUGAGCACAAGUAUGUUGGAGAGGUAAUUGAAAGAGAUGCUUAUCGUGAUGUUUCCAAACUUGUCCAUGACGCUUUGAAAUGGAAUGCAGAUGAAACUCCAGUGAAUAGUAUAAACAUCUACCAUCAUCCAGGAAGUGGUGGAAGCACUGUGGCAAGACAAGUGCUGUGGAACAACAGGAAAGAUCUAAGGUGUGCAGUUGUGAAGCCUUCAUACUCAGCUGCUGUUGUUGCGCAACAUGCAGUUGAACUAAGAGAAUAUGAAGAAAAAGAGCCACAGAGGUGUCUUCCCGUGCUGCUCCUCAUUGAAGACUCAGACAAAGAAUAUCUAGAUGAUCUCAGGAAUGAACUAGAGGUUGCCAUUAACAUCAAAAGAAUCCAGUAUGGAACUCUUUGUUUCAUUUUGUUGAGCUGCAGACGGUCCUAUGAUCCAGAGACGAGAUGCAAAGAGUCUCCAUUACAGAAUGUGUCUGUCACUCACAAACUGUCUGAUCAAGAGAAGAGAAAGUUUUCUGGAAAACGAGAGGUGCUUGAGGAACGAUAUGAGCCUCAAUUCAUCCUGACAUUUGUUUUGAUGAGUGAAGGAUUCACUGAGGAUUACGUUCAACAAUUUGUGGAACAUUUGCUCCAAGGCAUUGACCGUCAGUCUGUUGUCACUCGCCUCAUUCUCUAUGUAGCACUGCUGAACACUUAUGUUCAAAACUCGUUCAUCUCUCAGUCCCAUUGUGAAGCUUUGCUUGCCUUAACUAUUCACAUGGAAAGGUUUCGCCAUCAUGCCUUUGAGAGAUCACUCAGUGAUCAGGCUAAACUAGUCUUCUUGCACCUUAGAGAUGACAAGACGCACAUUGAAUCAAUCAGAAUCAUCCACCCACUCGUUGCAAAGGAAAUUCUCCAGCAACUUUUGGAAAACCAAAAGACCCAAAGCAGUUUGGCGAAGGAUUUGCUCCAUGAGACUGUGCUUUUCCAGAACAGAUUUGGAAGGGAUGACUAUCUGUCAUUUUUGAGAGCACUUUUCAUAAGGCGAUCCAGAAUAAGCAAAGGGGACAAAGACGAUAGUGCUUUCUCUCCUCUGAUUGAGCAUGUGUGUGAAAAUGAGAAGAGCCCAGACAAAGCAAUUGAGUUACUCAAGCAAGCAUUUCAGUGUUUCCAUGAAGAUCCAUUCUUUGCACAACAACUUUCUCGUCUUCAUUAUACUUAUGAACGGUUUGAAGAGGCAAAACUCUGGGCAGAGACAGCAGCCAAACAGCUGCCCAACAACUCAUACAUACUCGACACAAAAGGGCAGGUGUACAGGAAAUGGUUCCAAGCAAAAUGCAAGGCUAUUGACAAUGACAAUGUACCAAAGACAGCCCAAAAUAUAGCAGAUGCUGUGGAUACUGCACUGAAAGCCCUGGAGUGUUUUCAAGAAUGUGAGAAAGCAGCUGAAGCAGAUAUGGAACACCUCAACAGUUCAGGGUUUUUUUCUGAAGUUGAGGUUGGAUGCAGCCUACUCAAACUGAUCUCUUCAUUGCAAGUGUUUGCAAACAGAGCCAGUGGCCAUUCAGAGUGUAUGAAGUACCUGUUAACAGAUUACAUUCCUGAGGAAGUUGAAGAUGCCUGGGAACCAUUACAUGGCCGUUUGAAAAAACUUCACAAGACAAUGCAAGAUGCCUUGGAAUGGAUUUCAGAAGACCUCAGUUACUUCCAGACAGACAUUGGUGGAGAUGAAGAAGAGACCCCUGAAACUCCCGAGGAGAAGAUGAGGCAUCCAUUGAAAUGGCUGGCAAAAAAAUCUUCAGAGUAUGGGAAGUUUUUCAGUGAAGCUCAUUCUACUGCACUUCUAAAACAUGGACAAUCAAAUCCAGCCAGUCUAACUCCCUUCCAAAAACGCAUGAUCAUCUAUCAUCUUGGCGGGGGUAACAUAACAUCCACCCUCUCAAAGCUAACUGACCAGAAGAAUGCAGUACCUCUGUUAGAGACCAUCCUUUCUUUCUACCCCAGCAAUCCAAGAAAGGCUAAAUUUAGUCAAAGGGAUAUUGUCAAUUACAUAGUGGCCCACAUUUCUCUGAACUGCCUGUCACCACAGAAUCAAAAGAUAGCUCCUCUGAAAGAUCUACAGGCACUUUGUCAUCAGUUCCCAUCUGAUAAAAGGAAAUGUUUACCAAGUGCCCUGUUCUUGCUUACCUUGCUAUUUUGGCCAGAUGAUCAUGACACAGAUCAUGAAAAAGAAACCAAAUAUGAAAUUGUGCAAUCGGCUAUUGAACACCUGGAAAAAGACUACCGGACCAAGAUGAAGGACCUUCCUCAGCGUAAGAGAAGGCUUUACACCCAUUUUUUUCUGGGUAGUGGGAAUGGAUUGGAUAAAUUUGUCCACAAGAGAAAGUUUGAAAACAUCACAAGGGUGUUCUCAGUCUCUGAGAAACGCAUGAAGUGGUUUAGGGGUCAGGCUUGGAAAAAGCCUGAGAUUGCAGAGAUGCUGAAAAGUGUGUCUGGAUGGACUGAAGAUGGAGUGGUGUACCUUGAAGGCCCUCAGAAAAAGAAGUUCAACAUCCUGCCUCUUCAUGUACCUUCAGUGCCUCAUAGUAAUGAAAACAUCACGUUCUACCUGGGGUUUACCUUUAGAGGCCCUGUUGCCUACAACAUCAUUGUGAAAAAAUAGUUUGUCUUUGAACAAUGAUCCUGUCACAUAUGGCUGUACGUCAACUUGCUGAAGCAUGGGACUAGUAUCCACCUCAUUACCAAGAGCAAGAACAGAUUAUGAAAAGAUUAACUAAAAACACUCAAGUCUUCUUAUGAUAGUUUGUCAAGUAGGCAAUAUCUGUAAAAUACAAAACAGAAAAUGUUGAGACACAUGGUCUUGUAUGAGUAUUGUAUUGUGUAAGAUUGGUUUUUGCAUUUUCCCCUCUUUUACUUAUAUACGUAUGUAAGUGUACUAAAAAAUACAGCUAAAGUAUCUAAAAAUUACUAACCAGUUUUGUGUAUAUAUGAACAUGGACUAUGACAUGAUUCACUCUGGAUUCCCAGAGUAAUAACAAUGUAAACUGGCUUUGCUACUCUACAGCUCAAUGCUUCUCAAAUAAAAACUGUAAUCGUAAAAUAGAAAUUUAGUAUCCUGUUAUUUUCAGAUUGUUUGUCGAUCCAGUUCAGAUGGACCGCAGUUCACACCUGGCAUCAAAAUGCAUCUCAAGUGGCCAUUUUUUGCUUGGAUUUUGCUAAAUGGCUCACAUUUGGUGUUAUCAUUUGGAAACUGAACGCAGCCAAACAGAAAAAAAGAUUCUCUCAGCUAUACUACAAGAAGCGAGUGGUGGCUGUUUGGUACCUUAAAUCUAGUGACCAGAAUGUGAUGUGUGACUUGAAUGUGAGCAUUCAGAACUUAAUCUAUCCAUAGUCAGCUUCAAACAAAUGCACUUGUGAUCCCAUGGCACAAGAUGAAUUUUGGUUCCUCAACGUAUGAACUUCUAGUAGAUCAUGAUAGCUUAUACUCUCUCGUCUUUAUUUUCCAGGAUACAGUGCAGAAAGCAGUGGAAUAAAUGCAACUAUUUUUUAUGGGAACUGUAUUGGUGUUUUAACAAUAAAUGUAUUAAAAUCUAAACAACAAGAUUUUGUACAGUUGGAGAAGAAUGUGUAUACAUAUUGAUAUGCAACAGAAAAAGUGUAGAAUUUAGUGGUUGUAUAGAUAUUGAAUAUACUUUACACAAAUUAUGAAAACCUACUUGUUCUUAAGAUGAAACUACAAAUGAAGCCAGUUGGGCUUCAGUGCAUACCUAUCAUACCAGUGCAUCUCUGUAAACAGUAUUCUUAACAUGUCUUAACAAAUAAACCCUUUUCUUUUUCAA